CAGGGACUCGUCCGGGGGUGGGUGGGGGGCAUAGGGUGCUCACCCCCCCACCCCGGGAGGGCAGGGACCACCGCCUGGGGUCCCUGGGUGCCCCGUGGCACCCAGGCACAGACCGAGACCCAUGUGGGACCUGCUGCAAGCUGAGGUCAAUCCUCAACCUGCACACACCCCCCCCCCCCCCCCCCCGGCUGCUUUUUCCCACCCUCCACCUGAGGUGGGGGGGAUAGUCAGACCCCCAUGGUGUGGGGCAGGGGAUCUGGGGGUUGCCUGCGCGGGGAGCGGUGCGUGGCUUUACCCGGCGAGCGAGGAGCCUGGGUUCAACUUGGGGUGCAGACCCCCACCAUGUGGCUGUACCUCUUGCUGGCGGCACUGGCCUGGGUGCUGGGCUGGCUGGUGCGGGACCGCCGGACCCUGCCUUCCAUCAAGGACAAGCACGUCUUCAUCACGGGCUGCGACAGCGGCUUCGGCAACCUGCUGGCACGGCGACUGGCCCACCGGGGCUACCGGGUGCUGGCCGCCUGCCUGACCCAGAAAGGGGCCGACAGCCUCCAGCGGGGCUGCUCCGGUCACCUCCGGACCACCCUGCUCGAUGUCACCCGCUCCGACAGCAUCCGUCAGGCCGUCGAGUGGGUGCGGGCAGAGGUGGGCGAGAAAGGUCUCUUUGGGCUGGUGAACAACGCCGGGGUGGCCAACCCCAUCGGCCCCACGGAGUGGAUGAGGAUGGAGGACUACCGCCAGGUCAUGGCCGUCAACGCCUUCGGGGCCAUCGAGGUGACGCUCCAGUUCCUGCCCCUGCUGAAACGGGCGAGGGGCCGCGUGGUGAACACCUCCAGCGUGCUGGGUCGCCUCUCCGCCAACGGCGGCGGCUACUGCAUCUCCAAAUACUGCAUCGAGGCCUUCUCCGACAGCCUGCGGCGUGACAUGUACCACUUCGGGGUGAAGGUCAGCAUCGUGGAGCCCGGCUUCUUCAAGACGGCGGUGACCAACUUGGAGAGCAUCGAGGCGUCCCUGCGCCAGCUCUGGGACCGCCUGGCGCCCGAGACACGGCUCAGCUACGGCGAGGAUUUCUUCCACAAGUACCUCAAGGUGCAGCGGCUCAUCAUGAACGUCAUCUGCGACGCCGACCUCGGCAAGGUGACCCGCUGCAUGGAGCACGCGUUGGGCGCCCGGCACCCACGCACCCGCUACAGCGCCGGCUGGGACGCCAAACUGCUCUGGCUGCCCGCCUCCUACCUGCCCGCCUGCCUCGUCGACUUCGCCCUGGCCACCAUCCUGCCCAAGCCGGCCCACCGCGUCCGCUAGUCCCCUGCUGCAGCCGCCAGCCCCCCCUCAGGGCUGCGAAACCCCCCACCACCACCACCGCCACCCUCCAGCGCUGCAAAUAAACUGCCCAUCCCGGGUGCCGUGCAAA